AUGUAUACCAGAGACUAUAAUCCGAAGCCCCGGAAAGGCGUUGUCAGGAUGGACCCUGACUGUGCCAUAUGCCAUGCCCCGGCCUCCCUCGCUUGCGAGUGCGAAGCGAAGAGCCUGGAGGUGGCCGUCCGCCAAGCCGAGAGUCGUAUGAUGCAGUCAAUAUUGAAUGAUAUACGCUCAUGGGUUCGAGCUCACGCACAGGACUACAUCCUUGAGUACUUUCGACUCCUGACUGAGCGACGCAAGGCGGCUCACGCCCAGCAUCUGGACCGGCUCUCAGCCCACUCGUACCACUACUACCAUGCACCACCGCAUCCCAAUGAGAUUGCUGCCGCCCAGGCGCAACUGAAGCGAGGCAUUGACGAAGAUUGGCAAGCAUCCGUCCAACGGUACCCCGAGGUGCUCGAGUACUUCUACAGCUUGGUCGAAUUGAGCUUGCCCGACGACAACGAGCCUGCCGUCAAGGACCCCCCCCUCAGCGCCCUCAGCGGACCCCGCAACAAGCCAGCGCGCCGUCCCGGUGCCGCCACUACUGUGGCCAGCGGGCCCAGCCUCGCCACGCAUGAGCGAGACUUGCCCCUGCCUCGAGGCCGAACACCACCACCACUCGAGCCUCCGCGGGAAAGGAGGACACCCGGGCCGCGGGACCGGAGACAGUCCUACAGGGGAGUGCCGCCACCGCCGCCAUCCUACUAUCCCCCGCCUUACUGA